AUGACGACCGCCCAUCGACCGACGUUCAACCCGGCCCGCGGAGGCAAUGAUAGGUCGGAGGGUGACCUGUCGAAGCUGUCGGCCCAAUACUCGAGCAAGGACAUGCCCUCGCACACCAAGAUCAAGUACCGCCAGCAGGGCCAGGGCACCAGCGACGAGCUCAGGAAGCGGGACCUGCGCCGUGAGCUCGAGGACAAGGAGCGCUCGGCAGCGCGGGAGAAACGCGCUGGACGCGAGGGCGGAUCGAGCUCCUCCUCGAAGAAGCCGCGUUUCGAGGAGAUUGCCGCCUCGACGAAAGAUAUCGACGCUGACGAGCCGCUCGAGGAGGUCAACGACUCGGACGAUGAUUCUGAUGAUGAUGACACGGCCGCGUUGAUGGAGGAGCUGGCGAGGAUCAAGAAGGAGAGGGCUGUCGAGAGGGAGGCAAAAGAAGACAAGGAAAAGGAGGAACAGGAAAAAAUCCGCAUGGACAACGUGCUGCACGGGAACCCGCUGCUGAACUUUGACAAGGAGCAGGGCGAGGAGGGCUUCAAGGUGCGGCGGCGCUGGGACGAUGAUGUCGUUUUUAAGAACUGUGCUAAAGGCCUCGACGAGCGCAAGAAGGAGUCGACGUUCAUCAACGACGCCAUCCGCUCCGAGUUCCACCGGAAAUUCAUGGACAAAUACGUCAAA